UGAUUAGUGAUUUGCGCGCGAAAUAAAGAAAUUCUUCUUGUGGACUAGCUGGUGGUGAAAAGAUAGCGUUUCGUGAAGAAAGUUGAUUCCCCCAAAUGAUAUUUGAUUUCAACCAUGGGAAUUCAUCAGCUCUCAAAGUUAUUAGGCGACAAUGCUCCUUCUGCAAUGAAGGAAAAUGAAAUAAAGAAUUAUUUCGGAAGGAAAAUUGCUAUUGAUGCCUCUAUGAGCAUUUAUCAGUUUCUUAUUGCUGUUCGAGCAGAUGGUAGUCAGUUAACUAAUGAACAAGGUGAAACAACAAGUCAUCUAAUGGGAAUGUUUUAUAGAACAAUAAGAAUGGUGGAUAAUGGAAUCAAACCUUUAUAUGUUUUUGAUGGCAAGCCACCAGAGAUGAAAUCUGGAGAGCUUGCAAAACGGUCAGAAAGAAGAGCUGAAGCCCAGAAACAAUUGGAAGCUGCAAAUGAAACAGGAGAUGCAGAGACAGUUGAAAAGUUUUCAAGGAGACUGGUGAAAGUUACGCCAGCACAUAACGAGGAAUGCAAAAAAUUGCUGACCCUAAUGGGUAUUCCAUAUGUGGAUGCGCCCUGUGAGGCUGAGGCCCAAUGCGCUGAACUUGUAAAAGGUGGAAAGGUUUAUGCCACGGCCACAGAAGAUAUGGACUCUCUUACAUUCGGGUCGUCGAUCGUUCUUCGGCACUUGACAUUCAGUGAAGCCCGGAAAAUGCCCAUACAAGAGUAUCAUUUAGACCAGGUUUUGAGCGGUCUGGAGUUAUCACAAGAGGAGUUUAUCGACUUGUGCAUAUUGCUCGGCUGUGAUUACUGUAAUUCCAUUAAAGGUAUUGGCCCAAAGAAAGCGAUUACUUUGAUCAAGCAACAUAAACACAUCGAGGAAGUCAUUAAAAAUUUGGAUAAAUCUAAAUAUCCUAUACCAGAGGACUGGAAAUUCAAGGAAUCCAGAGAGCUAUUUAAGAAUCCGGAAGUCACUCCGGCUGCAGAAAUAGAGCUUAAAUGGUCUGAUCCUGAUGAAGAGGGUCUCAUCAAAUUCAUGUGCGAAGAGAAAGGGUUCAAUGAAGAUCGCAUUCGGAAUGGAUCUAAAAAGCUUGGAAAAGCGCGACAUUCUUCAACCCAAGGGCGCUUAGACAGUUUCUUUAAAGUCAUUCCUUCAUCGACUCCCCCAGUGAAGAGGAAGCAAAACGACAAAGCGAGCAAGGGACCAGCAUCAAAAAAGGCAAAAGGGGCUGGUGGGAAAUUCGGAAGGAGAUGAUUUCGUUAAGGAGUAUCAACCGUUAGCAAAUGGAACCAGAAUGCAAACGUAUACGAAGGUGGGACUUGCCGAAGUAACAUCUAACUACCAUCUUUAUUGACUAACAAGGCAGACUCUGCAACAUUGCAAUUACAAAAUGUCGGUAACACGUUUAUUUUAGCUUUUUAUGUUUGUUCUUUUCACAAAAUACUGUGAAGUAUCCGUGAGAAUUCUGUACCCCUGUAUUUUCAUUGGAUCCAAUCACGAUUUAACGUCA